GCUUUGCAUUUAAGCAAAUGGGUCAUUAAUUAAUCGCCGCGGGCAACACGACACACGAGCAGGAGUUAAUCAGACAGGAUGGAUGGACUGCUGGGAGAGAGCGUGACACACAAACACACUUACAAAAUUUCACACACACACACACGCAUGAACACAUGGACACUUUCAGCAACUAUUGACAUUUCUGAAAAGUGAGCCUCCAGCAAGAUGAGCAUGAAUAAAAUUACAGAAAAUGGCUGGAGUUGAUGAAAAGCAGCUUGAUCAUUGAUUCAUGUUGUCAAACUGUGCUGAGUGGCAUUUUCUUCAAGGAGGAAACUUAGGUUGAAACCUUGCCUCAGGCCAUCAAAAUUCGGAGUGAGACAAGAGGAUAUUCUUUCCAGUUGUGUGAUGGGAUACAGUGCAAUCGUCGAAACCAAAGACUGCUGACAAAUCAUUUUCAUGAAGUAUAUACAGAUAGGGCUAUUGACAGGAAAACCACACAAGAUUCGCGCGGACUGGAUUUAUACUGAGCAAAUUGGUUUGACAAGUACAGGGCCGGUCCCAGAGAGGUGCAGGCUUAGUGCUGAGACAUCACUCUCGAGACAGAGGAUGAUUGUGAAUGUUAUGUUUGUCAGACCUUUUUUUCUUCAAAGAUGCAUUUCUCUUUUUUUUUUUAUCUUUUUCUGGUUCUCCUCCUUUCUUUCUCUUUUAUGUGUGUGUGUGUGUGUGUGUGUGUGUGUGUGUGUGUGUGUGUGUUUUGGUUCAGUAGAUGUGUUGUGGUAGGACUGAGGUAAUAACAUGCACAAAUGUUGGGAAUGUUUGGAAUCUGAAAGAUCUAAUUUGUCUCACACCACACAGCAGGAAGAGCAAAAACAAAAGAGGCAACAAUUAUUAUCACUAUCAAUUACGACUAAACCUAAGUAGGGAUGCAACUGAUGAUUAUAUUAUUAAGUUCUCUGCUCAAUUUCUUUUCUCAGUGAAUCAUUUCGUCAGAAAAUAGGGAGAAACACAUUUACUAUUUCCCAGAGCUGAUAGGAAAGCAGCAAAUCUUCACAUUUAAAAAGCUGGAACCUGCAAAUACUUAUAAAAAUUAGUUAACAUUCUGUCUAUCAGCAAAUCAAUUAACCAACUAAUUGUUUCUGCUCUAUGAGCUAUUGUUAACCUUCCGUCACCACAGCAACACAUCCUACGAUUCCUACAGAAUAUCAUGCAGUGGUCUCUCUUGACUCCUCAGCUUGUUAUCAUAGUGCUGUCUUAAUGUUUCUCCAGUAGAUGGCAGACCUUUAAUAACUGCAGCCCAUCUGGCAGCUAAGCCAAACCAAAUUCAGCACUUAAAAAGAAUUACACGUUAAAACUGGUUACACGAAAAAGAAAAAAGAAAAGAUGAAAGGCGUAUAGUUUUUUCCACCUAUUGUACAGUCUCUUGAACCAAAGAUAACCAUGUGACAUCACUUCCUUCCCCUGCCUCUUUCCCACUCGGAGGGAAAGAGGCGUUUCAUCCUGGGACAUCCUCUCUUUUCCUCUAACCACACAGGCCAGCCUGCCUGGCCUUUUGCUGCCCGUCAGCAGGAAAAAGCAAGCAGCGGAGGAUGAGCCAGCCACUGUGUCAGAGGACAGGACAGGACGGGGCAGUAACGACAAUGACACAGGAUGAGGGUUGUUUUGUCCAGUGCUAUCAGCACUAUCUGAUCUGCCAGAGGGACACCAGGAGGAAGGAAGGAAGGGCUGACAACACCAGACAGAAGCUGGGAGUCUCACCUGGACAAACCUGAGACACUAACGCUGUGGUGAGAAUGAGACAGAAUGCAUCUCACCACAGUCCUCCGAGUUUCCUGAGGGCUUCUUCACGGUGCAGGAGAGGAAGGAUGGGGGGCUCGUCAUUUAUUUUAUGCUUAUUUUCUACAUGCUUUUGGCUGUCGCCAUAGUCUGCGACGAUUACUUUCUGCCGUCUUUAGAAGUGAUCAGUGAACGUCUGGGACUGUCUCAGGAUGUUGCAGGAGCCACAUUCAUGGCAGCUGGGAGUUCUGCACCAGAACUGGUCACAGCUUUUCUGGGUGUGUUUGUGACAAAGGGAGACAUUGGGGUCAGCACCAUCGUGGGAUCAGCAGUCUACAACCUGCUGGGAAUCUGUGCUGCGUGUGGACUCUUGGCCCCUAUGGCAGGGCGUCUCACCUGUUGGCCACUGUUCAGGGACUGCCUGGCAUAUGGCAUCAGUGUUUCUGCUGUUAUUGCCAUCAUCUCUGAUAACAAGGUUUACUGGUACGACGCCGCCUCGCUGCUGCUGGUCUAUGGCGUCUACAUAGUGGUUCUGUGCUUUGACCUUCGCAUCAGUGAGUUUGUCCUGAGGAAGCUGAGCCCUUGCUGCACCUGUCUGGGUAGAGGGUCUGGGGAGAAGACUGAAACACAGCCGCUGAUGGGCUGGAAUGACGACACCAGUCUGCGAAUCCACAGUCGCUCCAGAACAGACAGCGGCAUCUUCCAGGACGACUCAGGAUACUCUCAUCUGUCUCUCAGCCUGCAUGGCCUCAAUGAGAUUCCUGAAGAGCAUAAAAGUGUGUUUGCUGUGCCAGAGAGCGACCUGAAACGUAUCCUCUGGGUUCUGUCUCUGCCCAUCAUCACUCUACUUUUCCUGACCAUCCCUGACUGCAGGAGAAGGUUCUGGAAGAAAUGGUUCAUGAUAACCUUCCUCAUGUCAGCUGUCUGGAUCUCAGGUUUCACAUAUCUGCUGGUGUGGAUGGUCACUGUCGUCGGUGAGACCCUUGGCAUUCCUGAUACAGUAAUGGGACUCACUCUGCUUGCUGCUGGAACCAGUAUACCUGACACCGUAGCCAGUGUGAUGGUGGCCAGAGAAGGGAAAGCUGACAUGGCCAUGUCCAACAUAGUGGGCUCUAAUGUUUUCGACAUGCUCUGCCUGGGUCUGCCCUGGUUCAUCAAGACUGCCUUUGUGGAUACAGACAACCCUGUAGAGGUCAACAGCACAGGACUGGUCUUCAUUUCCUCCACACUCCUCCUUUCAAUCAUCUUCCUUUUCGUAGCCGUUCAUGUUAACGGAUGGAAACUCAACUGGAAGCUGGGAAUCGUUUCUCUCUUCUGCUACAUUCUCUUUGCCACUCUAUCCAUCCUGUAUGAGCUGGGGAUUAUUGGGAAUAACCCCAUAAGACUGUGCAGUGACUGAAAACUGACCUCGCCAGGACUGAAGCCAUAUUUUCUGAGACUCCAACAAUCCAAAAGCACAACAAAAAUGUUAAGCCUAUAAAUCUUCAAAUGCCAAGGCAAGGAGGCCCUGUCCCACUCACGUGCUUUCAAAGAUACUGUACCAUGGGAGAUGUGGGCUGGCCACGUCUCUGGAAGAGGAUGAUCUCUUUUAGCAAUACAUUUCACCAAAGGUGGAAUUGUACAAAGGAUCACUUUCUUGUGCCUGCUAAGAUCCAGGCCAGACUGUUAUCAUACAAUGAAGACCUGUUAUCAAGAUCUGAGAUGUCUUCCGUGUUACUCAAGGCCCAUAAAUGGAAAAUGUGCCGUCACAGAAGUGACUGCCGAGUUCAAAUGAAUUCAAAACUAUCAAGUCAGUGUCAACAAAUAAAAAGGUGUCAACUAAACACAUUUGACCUUGUCCUUCUUUUUCAGUAUGUGGGCGGAAUUAACAAAAAAAGAGGCAUCAUCUAAACCUUCCUGAUAAGCUUUUACGAGGACAUUCUUAUUGCCCACAAUGAAGAAUGGAGGAAUGAGCCAUAAAUAGUGAAAAACAAACAAAGAAAAAAAACUUUCCACUCAUCUUGUUACCUAAAAUGAUCAACUGAUCAAACCCAAGCUUUGAUCAGUUGUUCAUAAUUAAUCCUGCAAAGGUUAAAUGCACUUCAGACACUAGUCUACACUUAAAAUAAUGCCAAUAUAAUAAAAAAUGGCAACUCUAUUCCACUGAAACAAAAACUACCACCCAAUCUUUGAGCUCUGGGAACUUAAAUAUCUUUCUGUGAUUAGUGUUGAAGACCACGCCUGAUAAAAUUCAAUUCCACUCUCUUCUCACUUUAUUCCAGUUGCUGCCU